AUGAAGUUCUUUACUCAACAUAAUCAUAGUACGAUGAAACAAAUUCUUUUUGUUGAUAGCAUAACGUUGGGUACGCAAUGCAUACACAACUACAUGCCGAAACUCUCGAAGCAUAUCCUGGGACAAAGAAGAAAAUGUGAUGCUUUGAACAUUCAAGCGUUAUUUUAUGUAACGCAACAGGAAACUAAAUAG